AUGGCCUUUUGUACAAAGUCGAUGGGUGACAAUACUAUCGCAAUCACUCUAAGAGUGAAGACACAGCAAUCAGUUCUUUUGGAUCAGCAAUUGGAAGAAGGUGAGCUACCAUUAAGGCAAUGGAGAGUUGAAGUUUCCAUGCUAGAUAGGAAUAAAGAUGAAGUAAAAGCAGAUAUAUUAUCCUCAGUUACUUACCACCUCCAUCCCACGUUUGUGAAACCCAGAAGAAAGAUGAAAACACCACCUUUUAGCUUAGAAGAAAUAGGCUGGGGUGAAUUUAGUAUGACUUUGAUGUGCAAAUUUAGGCAUAAUGGCGGGGUUGUAAAAAUUCAACAUGAAUUGGAAUUUUCUGAAGAUGCAUACAUAAUAGAUUACUCAGUCAAUGUCCCUUAUCUUAGUGAAGGUCCAUUCUAUUCUUUACUGGCACGACACUUUAAUGUUAUUCCCCAAAAUUCAGUUCCAGUGGAUAAUAAUAUAAAGCAACUCCCGAAAUGGGUCAAGACUUUACAAUUACAAGACGAGGAUACAAUAAAUGAACUGUUACAAAGGAUACUUAGUAAUGCAGCUGUUAAGAAUUUUGUUAACAAAAUCCCACGACAUGAGGAAGUGGUAUUUUGUUUAGGAGAACUCCCAGACGAGUUAAUGAAUUCUCUGACUGAAUAUAUGGAAUCAACUGGCGAUAUAAAGUAA